AUCUACUAAGGUUCAUAAGUAAGCCAAAGGUUUUCAGUACUAUUGGCUAAGAAGGGGAGGCAAACAUUGAGCUGCUUGCUGCCACAUUUUGCAAUGGUUACAAUCGUUGGUACACGGGAACAGUUUGUUCAACCACAGUCGUGUCUCCGUGCUACAAUGCAGCUCAAGUCCCCAACAAGGCCAAAACUUUCCUUCUGCUUUACGCCACAAGGGGAUUGCGAUCAAUACUGUGCUUUAAUCCCUGGCUUGCCAGAAGACCUGGCAAAGAUAUGCCUUGCCCUUGUUCCUCGAACUCAUUUUCCUGUCAUGGGUGGAGUAUCCAAGAGGUGGAUGUCAUUCCUAGAGAGCAAAGAAUUAAUUGCUGUAAGGAAAGAGGUUCGGAAGCUUGACGAGUGUGUGUACGUCUUGACCACUGAUGCUGGAGCAAAGGGUUCUCAUUGGGAGGUUUUGGGAUGUCAGGGGCAAAAGAACACCCCUCUUCCGCCUAUGCCUGGACCAACCAAAGCUGGGUUUGGUGUGGUUGUCCUUGAUGGGAAGCUCGUGGUCAUUGCUGGCUAUGCUGCUGACCAUGGCAAGGAAUGUGUUUCUGAUGAGGUUUACCAGUAUGAUUGUUUCCUCAACAGGUGGACUGCCAUUUCUAAGAUGAAUGUUGCUCGUUGUGACUUCGCGUGUGCAGAGGUCAAUGGUGUGAUAUAUGUUGCUGGUGGAUUUGGUCCUGAUGGUGAUAGUUUAUCAAGUAUCGAAGUUUAUGACCCAGAACAAAAUAAAUGGGCGUUGAUCGGGCGCCUUCGCAGGCCAAGAUGGGGUUGCUUUGGGUGUAGCUUUGAAGACAAGAUGUACGUCAUGGGUGGCCGUUCAAGCUUCACCAUUGGUAACUCCCGUUUCAUUGACGUGUACGAUACAAAUAGCGGUGCCUGGGGUGAGUUUAGGAAUGGCUGUGUAAUGGUCACGGCUCAUGCUGUUCUUGGUGAGAAGCUCUUCUGCAUCGAGUGGAAGAACCAGAGGUCUCUGGCGAUUUUCAACCCAGCAGACAAUUCCUGGCAGAAGGUUCCUGUGCCGCUUACUGGUAGUUCUAGCACGCGGUUUUCUCUCGGGACACAUGACGGGAAAUUGCUGCUCUUCUCACUGGAGGAAGAACCCGGCUAUCAGACACUGAUGUAUGAUCCUGCUGCGCCAACAGGCUCUGAAUGGUGCAAGUCUACGCUCAGGCCAUCAGGAUCAUGCUUGUGCAGCGUGACCAUCAAAGCCUGAUGCUUCAGCUCGGGGUCGCUGAAGGAUGAUACCCAAGUUACUUCCUGCCUUGUCUUCCGUGGUUAAGAUCAGGCUUUGUUUGGUUUAUCAUUGGGUCCUACUUGCUAGAAUUUACAUCCGCUUGUUGCUCCACCCAAUAAUAGUAUGUUCUUGCUUCAGUUCAUUCGGUUGCUUGCUGACAAUGGACUGCCAUAAUGUACUCUGUUCUCAGUUGUAUUGAAAAACUAUUUGAUCA